CUUUUCUUUUCCUUUUUUUUUUCUCUCUCUCUCUCUCUCUCUCUCUUCACAGGAUCCAACGAAAACUCAGAAAGAGGAAGUUCGGGCGAGAGUGUUGGCGCUCGGCGAAACUCGCGUAAAAAACGGGACUGGCUGCCUGAGCGGGUCGCCUUUCCACGUGGGCGUCUGGCCGAUAAAUGGGGAUGGCGUGAGGCAGCGCGCAGCCGACUGUUGCCUGGAAAGCCAGAGGCAUGGUUGCGACGGGCUGCUCCGGACUUCGGGAGGAGGACAGGGACGCGGAGGCGGGCGCACCGCUCCGGGGCCCGACGCGCGCCUGGAGCCGGGAGCUGCGGGGCGCACGGCUCUGGUCCUUCGUCGUCCCCCUGGUGCUCUUCGCGGCCGUCCUGGUUCUGCUGAUCGCGGCCGGAGCCAAGACGAGGUGCCCACCGUCAGCUGACCACCAGACGGGGAUGCAGCCCAGCUGGAUUUCACCAGACAUUCCCAGAGCCAGGCUAACAGCAGCUCCCAGGGAGGAGAAACCGGAGGGAGAAUAUCUUCGAUGGCAGUUCGAUCUGGGCCACGCAUACUGCCGGGGAGGCUUCAACUGCUCCAGCGAGCACCUGUUGGUUCCCAGGGAGGGCUACUACAGGGUUUCCCUGCAGCUCACCUACGAAGGGGAAUGCACCAACGACACCUCUGGGAAGAGGCUCGUCCAGGAGGUGUACGUCUUCGCGGAAGACUAUCCCCAAGACGUGGUGCUGCUGUCCGCCGUCGACACGGCGACGUGCGCCGCCAGCUCCUGGAGUAAAUCCCUCUACACGGCCGGAACGUUCAGGCUGAAGGCCAAAGACAAACUGCGCGUGAAGGCCAAGCAGCGCCGGCUUUUGGUCAAGACAGAAUCCCAGGUGUUCUUCGCAGCCGAACUGCUCCCGGAAUGAAAGGGGCCGGGCCAGAGGUUGACUGUUUCCCUUUUUUUUUUGUUUUUCUCCGGUUGAGUUUGACCGUUCCCCUUUUUUUUUGGGGGGGGGGGGUGGUUGUCGCUCACCAUAACCUCUCCCGGCGGAAUCGGAAGCAGUGAGUAAUUACUGGUUUAUCCUCUCGACAGCAAGUCACGGGCUGCGCGACGCCAAACUGUCUCCAGCUCUCGUAGAUGCACACGCAGCUUUAGCCCUGAUUUUGAAUAUAAUCCCAUAUGCUAAACGGCGCCUAGAUCUCCUUAGCUCGAUUCACACCUCGUUGUUUCAGAUGCAUUUUCGAAAUCGCAGAUGUUCAUUGACUGGAAAGUUACAAAACAAUGUCCAAAUUGAGGAUCUGAAGGGAAUUAUGUCGAAAAGGUGUGGUCUGAGAGAAAAUGGUGAAUUGAGUUGCUCAAAAUAUUGUAAUCUGGGCUGUUUUUAAUCAGGUUAAGUAGCUGUUACUGAAAAUGGCAAGAAAGAGAGAAAAAAAGAUGCUAUAUAUAUCUAUAUAUCAGGUGAUAUAUUUAAUAUAUUUGUCAUUUUAAAACGCAAAUGUGAACCGAAGCAUCUUCCUUAAACACGGCCAUGAAAUCACAAGACUGGAUGAAUGAGAGCCUGCAGAUAGACGAUUAACCUAGUAGGGCGGUAAACCCCCCUGUGAGUGAGAGGAACGCUGAUAGUGUGAGAAAAAGCACUAAAAAGCAGACAUCUGAAAAGCCAAACUGUGUAAGUUUGCAGACCCUCGAGGGAACUGUUAUUUUUCACUGUGUGCCAUUUACAAAGCAGGCUUACAAAGAGCACCAAAGCUAUGCUACAGGGAUGUUUUUGUCUUAAUUCCUAACAGUUAUGUCAAUUUAAGAAGUUUAAAAAAGGAUUUUACAAGCUAAACACCUUUUUUAAGAUUCUUGAUUGUGUGUGUUUGUUCUGUUUUGGGGUGUGAAGGGGGUGGGAGUGUGUGUCACCGUGGGUUAGAGUCCCGGUUAGAGCUGAACUCUCUGGUGACGCGUAGCGGGAGCAUCAACCAGUGCUUCCCGCUACCUGAAGGAUGCUGAGGAUGGAACCGCUUUUGUCCUGUUGUUCUUUUUUUAGAAACUUUGGGCUUUUAUUCCACAUCAACAGGAUGUCCUGUUAGGUUAUAAUUUUGCACAAAUGAGAGGCUUGCACAGAACUGUUUUGUAUAUGCGUACUUCUAAGCUAUAUAUAUUUUGAAUGUAAUAAAUGUAAUAAUUUAAUUCCUUAUCGGCUUUGCAGUGUCGCAGUGGCGUUUUCCUUUUUUUGGUGGAAAAAAAACUCUCAUGCAAUAUGUGAACCGUUCCUGAUUGUACUUGUUUGAAUUGUCUUUGUUUGUGAAUGGCACAGGGUUUCUGAAAAAUACAUUAAAAAAAACUUGAUGGUGCAAAGACUAAAUUUUCUUUCUUUUAAUGUGGGAUUGUG